CGUUCCUGUCUCUCUCCACUAAACAGUCCCUCUCGUCGGCUCUCCCACUUGAUUCAAUUCGAUGACCAUGUCGGUUCUUGUUAUGGGCCUGGGCGCUGCUAGCGCUGCCUUUUUGGGUCGCGCUGGCUAUGUUGCCCUUCGUCGUUACCAAGGAGGUAUGAAUGCCGCGGGCAAGGCCUUCUACAAGGGUGGAUUUGAACCCCGGAUGAGCCGUCGCGAAGCCUCUCUGAUCCUGGAACUGCCGGAACGCACGAUGAACAAGGACAAGGUCCGCAAGAAGCACCGUCAGCUCAUGCUCCUCAACCACCCCGAUCGCGGUGGUAGCCCGUACCUGGCGACCAAGAUCAACGAAGCGAAGGAAUUUCUGGACAAGCAUACCUAGAGAUGUUCUGUGGGUGGAUUAGGGUGACUGCACCCAAGGCUUCGCUCGCUCGACGCGGGGUCGAUCGGUGCGGAUUUCGAGGGAUGUCACCUGGUGUAAGAAUAUGUCUUUGGAUGCAUAGCGUGGCGUUGGCGUGGAUUGUCUUCUUUUUAUUCUGUCUCUCUUUUCUGGUGACACGAGAGAUUCCCCUCUGGGGAGAUGUUGUAUGUUCAUAUAUUCCGAUGAGAUCGCCACUCUGCCUGUAUAUUCUAUAACUACGAUUUUCCUUUUGGUA